GCUUCGGCACCAAUGAGUCGGCUCUUGCUACCUAAACUUUUCUCAAUCUCCAGAACACAGGUUCCAGCUGCAUCAUUGUUUAAUAAUCUGUACGGACGUCACAAACGUUUUGUUCAUUGGACGAGUAAGAUGUCACAAGAUAGUGUAAUAUCAUCCACAGCUGGUGGUUCUGCUUCUGGAGCUAGAACAUUUUGCUCCCUAGAAGAUUUAUUAGCCAAAAAGUGUGUGCCAUGCAAUUCCAAGGAUCUGCGCCCCAUGACCGAACAAAGUGCACAAGACCUACUUCAAAAGGUUGCUGGAUGGGAUUUGGCCAAUGACAAUGAUACAUUAAAGCUGCAUCGGUCAUGGAGGGUGAAAAGUUUUACAAAGGGGCUAGAUUUCUUCAAACGUGUAGCUGAUGUCGCUGAAUCAGAAGGUCAUCACCCAGAUUUGCAUCUGGUCGGCUGGAAUAAUGUGAAAAUCGAGAUAUGGACUCAUGCGAUAGGUGGUUUGACCGAAAACGACUUCAUUCUUGCUGCUAAGAUCAACGAGCUCCAAGUGGAAGAUCUUCUGAGGAAGAAGAAAGUUGCCAAGUGAAAUGGAAUUAAGAUGAAUCAUGCAAGCUGAAGAAACAUCUUUAAAGACUGGCUCAGAGUUUGAUAUGAACAAGCAUCUUGAGCUCAUAACUGGAAUGUGUGGGUCUUAAAACUCUUUGAAGCAUGUGACACUUAGAUCUAUGUAAGAUGAGAACAAUGUUUCAUUUGCGUUUAUGGUUCUUGUAAAGCUGUUUCCAGUCUUACGAUCUCAAAACCAAAAAAUAAAGCAGGGGCUUUAAG